AUGGGACAAAAUGAGGGACAUCUCGAACCUAGUGGAUGGAAUGCCAUGGGAGGGGACUUCAAUACGAUACUCUCACAUGCUGAUCGGGUUGGGAGUGAUACCAAUAGGCAAGGCGAGAUGAUUGAUUUUGCGAAAACUAUUGAAGAUUGCCGCCUCCUUGACCCGGGCUACGAUGGAGCAGAGUAUACGUGGGCCAAAAACUGGUUGUUCGAAAGGCUGGACAAGAUGUUUGUAAGCGAGGCAUGGACCAAGAUUUUUGAGGCUUCGAGGGUGACCAACUUGCCGAGAGUAACAUCGGAUCAUGGCCCGAUCCUCGCACGGUGCAAGAUGACAAGACCUAACACCGGGGGAAGUGGAUUUCGCUUCCAAAACAUGUGGAUCCGACAUGAAAGCUUUAUGGAGAUAGUCCAAGACUGUUGGGAGCAACCCACCGGGGCGGCCGGGCUCCUAAAUCUCCAAAUCAAGUUGAUAUGA